AUGGAGGGGGAGAAUGCCAACCCCGACUCCUCGGACCAAGCGGAAAGGCCCCGAGUGCGGGGGCGGGUCCGGAGGCGACGGGCAACCAAACUGCUACAGCUGCAGAGGGGAGGGCAGCAGCAGCUGCAGAGCGGAGGGCAGCAGCAACUGCUGCAGAGGGGAGGGCAGCAGCAGCUGCAGAGCGGAAGGCAGCAGGAGCUGCAGAGCGGAGGGCAGCGGCAGCUGCAAAGAGGAGAUCAGCAGCUGCUGCAGAGUGGAGGGCAGCAGGAGCUGCAGAGCCGAGAGCAGCAAGAGCUGCGGAGUGGAGAGCAGCAGCAGCUGCAGAGUGGAGGGCAGCAGGAGCUGCAGAGUGGAGGGCAGGAGGAGCUGCAGAGCGGAGGGCAGCAAGACCCACUGGGGGAGUUGGAUGUGGAGAUAGAGGCCGAGGCAUACACCGACGAGCUGGAAUCAAGCCCCAUGGAGGGGCGGAGGGCAGCAGCCCAAUCAGAGCGGAGGGCAGCAGCAGCUGCAGGGCGGAGGGCAGCAGCAGCUGCAGAGUGGAGGGCAGCAGCCCAAUCAGAGUGGUGGGCAGCAGCAGCUGGAGGGAGCAGCAAUCAGAGCGGAGGGCAGCAGCAGCUGCAGAGCGGAGGGCAGCAGCAGCUGCAGAGCGGAGGGCAGCAGCAGCUGCAGAGCAGAGGGCAGCAGCCCAAUCAGAGCGGAGGGCAGCAGCAGCUGCAGAGCGGAGGGCAGCAGCCCAAUCAGAGCGGAGGGCAGCAGCAGCUGCAGAGCGGAGGGCAGCAGGAGCUGCAGAGCGGAGGGCAGCAGCAGCUGCAGGGCGGAGGGCAGCAGCAGCUGCAGAGUGGGGGGCAGCAGCAACUGCUGCAGAGCGGAGGGCAGCAGCAGCUGCAGGGCGGAGGGCAGCAGCAGCUGCAGAGCGGAGGGCAGCAGGAGCUGCAGAGCGGAGGGCAGCAGCAGCUGCAGAGCGGAGGGCAGCAGCAACUGCUGCAGAGCGGAGGGCAGCAUGAGCUGCAGAGCGGAGGGCAGCAUGAGCUGCAGGGCGGAGGGCAGCAGCAGCUGCAGAGCGGAGGGCAGCAGCAACUGCAGAGCGGAGGGCAGCAGCAGCUGCAGAGCGGAGGGCAGCAGCAGCUGCAGAGGGGAGGGCAGCAGCAGCUGCAGAGCGGAGGGCAGCAGGAGCUGCAGAGCGGAGGGCAGCAGCAGCUGCAGAGCGGAGGGCAGCAGCCCAAUCAGAGCGGAGGGCAGCAGCAGCUGCAGAGCGGAGGGCAGCAGCCCAAUCAGAGCGGAGGGCAGCAGCAACUGCAGAGCGGAGGGCAGCAGCAGCUGCAGAGCGGAGGGCAGCAUGAGCUGCAGGGCGGAGGGCAGCAGCCCAAUCAGAGCGGAGGGCAGCAGCAGCUGCAGAGCGGAGGGCAGCAGCAGCUGCAGAGUGGAGGGCAGCAGCCCAAUCAGAGCGGAGGGCAGCAGCAGCUGCAGAGCGGAGGGCAGCAGCAGCUGCAGAGCGGAGGGCAGCAGCAGCUGCAGAGUGGAGGGCAGCAGCCCAAUCAGAGCGGAGGGCAGCAGCAGCUGCAGAGCGGAGGGCAGCAGCGGCUGCAGAGUGGGGGGCAGCUGCAGCUGCAGUGCGGAGGGCAGCAGCAGCUGCAGAGCGGAGGGCAGCAACAGCUGCAGAGCGGAGGGCAGCAGCAGCUGCAGAGCGGAGGGCAGCAACAGCUGCAGAGCGGAGGGCAGCAGGAGCUGCCCGAUGGGGUGCAGCUUGCGAGGCUGCCAGAGGGGGAGAUGGAGAUGGAGUCGAGCAGACAGGUCUUGCCGGCGUGUUCGAGUGGAGAGGAGCACCCAGACCCUAUGCUGACACCCCCGCCCCGCAUCCCGUGCGAAACCUGUUAUCGCACUUUCACGGAGAGAGGAAAGGCCACGCGUCAUAUGUCGGCCUGCAGGGCAGCGGACGCCAAGCGCCGUGCACAGGCGCUUGGGUUGACCCGCGACGUCACAGACGACUCGGACAGCGAACCUCCGCCACCACGGGAUAUCAGUGAAGAGGUGUGGGCCGCAGUUCCCACAUGGGACUGGGAGUCGUUUUUCGGGAUCGAAUUGGUGCCAGGGAGAAUCAUGCGUCGCAUCCCACAGCGCGCAAGACUGGGGGUGCUUGAUGCACUAGCUUGGCAGAGGGCGGCAAUUAGGGAGCGGUUGGAGAAGUUUUGGGCUGGGGAGUGGCAGCAGCUGUUUGAGUUGGCGGUGGCGGCGAUGCAACCUGCGGCUCGCCCCUUGUCCUUCACCCCACCCGAGCAUGAUCCUGAUGCCGUGCGCCUAUCCCGCUGCCGUACAAGGUGCAAAGUGGGAGAAUGGAGUCGGGGUUUGGCGUGCCUUACGGCUGGUAGCAUCGCUCAGCCCUCUCAGCACAUGGUGGACGCGCUACGAGCGAAACACCCAUCGUGCGAGUCCGCCAUUCCUGGGUGGGUGCAGGAGGAGACAGUCGAGCCUUCCCUUAUCCCACAGCUCUCAGUGGAGGUACUCGGCCAGGCGAUCCACUCAGCGGCUAGGGCGUCCGCACCAGGACCGUCGGGGUGGGUGACGGAGCACCUGCGCGACACUUUUCUCUCUGAGCCCGCGUAUCUGUCCCACCUGCUAGAGGUCUUCACCCAGUGGACCAAGGGAGAGGUAGCGGAGCGCGUGCGACCCUGGCUCACUGCGUCCAACUUGGUGGGCCUGUCGAAGCCGAAUGGUGACGUUCGCCCGGUGGCUAUAGGCGAGGUGCUCCCCCGCAUACUAUCUCGGGCCAUAUGCAUCGUGCUUCGCCCGAAGAUGAUGUCGCACUUUGCUCCGUGUAACCAGUUUGGAGUCGGGUCCAGGUCGGGAGUGGAAGUCCUCGCACAUGCCUUUCGCUCCGCCAUCUCUACUCACCCGUCGUGGUGUGCGCUGCAAAUUGACGUGGCGAACGCUUUCAACUCCUUCCAUCGGCGGGAAAUGUUUGAGGGUCUUCGACAGUCGCCUUUCAAGGGAUUGAUUCCAUUUCUGCGUGUCUUCUACGGCACUCCUAGCGACCUCUAUCUCCGAGCGGGCCCUUUUGUCGAAGCUUUGGCUUCCGAGCGGGGCUCGAGGCAAGGGGAUCCAUUGGGUCCGUUUCUGUUCGCGUUCACACAGCAGCUGGUUAUGGAACCAACCAAAAUGGAGUACGCCGACUUACUCUUCCUCAGCUAUGCUGACGAUACGUAUAUCCUGGGGCCUAGGGAACGGGUUCUAGCAGCCUAUGAGGCCUUGCGGGAACGACUGGACGGGCUGGGUUUGGAGGUGCAGCCGCAUAAGUGUAAGCUAUGGGAGCGAGGGAGGGACCAGGAUGGGGAGGAGAGAAAUGAGACUGUCCCGCCCGGCAUGCAGCAGACAUGGACGGGGCUCACUGUGGUAGGGGUGCCCAUUGGGGAGGAGGACUGGGAGGUGGCUAGCCUGCGUCGCCGGCUGACGGAGCUGCAUGCACCUGUCCCCUGGCUUCCUCUGCUUGACCACCCACAGAUUGCGUCCCAUUUGUUGGCGAUCGCAGUGUCGGCGCGCCCGAUCUACCUCACACGGACGAUGCCUCCACGACCUGAGGUUGUGGAGGCUUUUCGGGACUGGGACACGAAGCUGGAAGAUUGUUUCGAGGAGCUGUUUCCAGAUAGUACCUGGGAUCACGAUUCGGGGAAGUCCCAGAUGGCUCGUUUACAGCUGCACCUUCCUGCCAGACUCGGGGGGUUCGGCAUUCGAUCUGCGGCUGACCUUAGUCCUCUGUCGUAUGCAUGUGGCUGGUGCCAAGCAGUGAGCGAUGUGGCUCGGUUGGGGGUGGCAGGUGAGGAGCGGAUGUUUGAGGAGUUUUUCCGCACGCCCGAGGCUACGACCUUGUUGGACCCCUGGUUUGCGAGAGCAGUGGAUCUGCUUCCACAGUCGGUUCGGCAGGAGAUGCCACCCCUUGCCUUGUGCACCGCUGAUCCGCCUAUGCUGCUCUUCCCCACACAACACCGUCGCCUGGCGGUUGAGAGCCUCCAAUCUCUUCGAGGCAUGGCCCACAACGAUGCCACCCUGGCCCGUUUGACAUCCCUUCAGGGCCCGGGGGCUGGGGCGUGGGUUUCUGCCGUUCCUUCGCACGAGGAGGCUACCUUCACCGCAGCCGAGUGGAGCAUCUGCGCGUCCAUGCGCCUAGGCCUCCCUAUUCAGCAGCUGAUAGUGGCCGGCAAGUGCGCGUGUGGGUUUGAGUUUGCUGAUCCCUCUGACCCGCAUCAUGCCCUUCGCUGCAAGUAUCAGUAUGCACCUUCUCGGGUUCACGAUGCGGUUAAAUUUGUGGUGGCGAAGAUAGCUAAGGGUGCGGGUGGGAUUGUGACCAUGGAAGACGACACGUUGCUCCCAGGGAAGAGGGUUGAUGUGGCGGUUCGGAAACUGAGGGAGGGGGAGGAGCACGCGCUGGAGGUUAGUGUGGUAGAUCCUAUCUCGCUAUCCGCGCAGCACCAUGGACAGAUUGGUCGCAAGGUGGGUUUUGCCGCGAGAGAGAGAGAAAAGCGGAAGACGGCGGACUACAAAUCGCUUCUACAGCGGCAUGGGGGAGUGCAGUUCACACCACUCAUUGCUGAGACAUGGGGAUGCUUGGGGGGGAGUUUUGGACGGUGGCUUAAGAAGCAGGGUGACGCGCAGAUCGAGAUAGCAAAGACGAAAGGGGCGGCGCGAGCUACGGGAAAGGGUUUCUCGGCUUAUUUGCUCGGAUCGCUCAAAGCGGCUGUGGGUGUGGCUUUGCAACGGGCUCAGGCGCGUGUGAUCUUGUUACGCGCUGCGUCGAUGAUGAGAGGCCCAGAGGCUGUUUGGGUGGAGCGGGAGGAUGUUGAGGAGGAGAUGGGAUGGGAUGCUCCGUGGGCGGAUGCACCAUACUUGGUAGACAUGCGGGUUUAG